UGAACCUGCGAUCCUCCUGUCUCGGCUUCCGAAGCUGCUGGGAUUACAGCCGGGCACCUCCACACCUGCAAGCCCUGCAUGUGAUCUAGUGCAUGUCAGCUCCAGAAGCRCUGUCCUACAAUAAACCUACAAAGUCACGAAAGUUAUCGCCAUUUUAGAAAUAGGGUGAAUGAAACACAAGGAAGGCAACUGGUCCUGGGUCACAAGCCUGUAGGUGGGAUACCAGACUACAAAUCCAAGCAGUUUGGCUCUCAUGGAAAUCACCAACCAUUUGGCAUCAGACCUAAAUUAGGACCAGAGAAUUUUGGCCAUUCACGAAUAACUCCACGUUGAGCGCCCUCUAGCGGCAGUCACUGUCCGAGGCAUGGGGUCUGGCAGGACCAUAACCCGAAUACAACCCACUGCGGGAGGAGACAGAACAGGAGGCCCCUUUAAAAGGCGGGGCCUGACGGGCGGAACGGCGGGUCCACUUUGCGAAGUGCACCCGGAAGGCCGCGAACGCUACACCCGGAAGUCUCUUAGGCGAUAUAGGAAGCUGUGCUGGUGGGAACCUCAGCAUUAUGGGUCGCAACAAGAAAAAGAAGCAGCGAGAUGGCGACGACCGGCGUCCCCGGCUCGUUCUCAGCUUCGAUGAAGAGAAGCGGCGGGAGUACCUGACCGGCUUCCACAAGCGGAAAGUGGAGCGGAAGAAGGCAGCCAUCGAGGAGAUUAAGCAGCGGCUGAAGGAAGAGCAGAAGAAGCUCCGGGAGGAGCGCCACCAAGAAUACUUGAAGAUGCUGGCAGAGAGAGAGGAGGCGCUGGAGGAGGCAGAUGAGCUAGACCGGCUUGUGACGGCAAAGACAGAGUCUGUGCAGUAUGACCACCCCAACCACACAGUCACCGUGACCACCAUCAGCGACCUGGACCUCUCUGGAGCCCGACUGCUCGGACUACCCCUGCCUGAGCCAGGUGCUGGGGACGGGUCCAAGGAGGAGAUGUCGUCUGUGGAGAAACCAACCAGAGCCUUACCCAGGAAGUCCAAAGACCCCCUGCUGUCUCAGCGGAUCUCCUCCCUCACAGCGUCRCUGCAUGCCCACAGCCGGAAAAAGGUCAAGAGGAAACGUCCCCGACGGGCACAGGACUCCACCAAGAAGCCCCCGAGUGCCACCCGCACCAGCAAGACCCAGCGCCGCCGGCUGACAGGCAAAUCCCGGCAUAACGGGGAGUGACCCCCGAGAGCCCAGCAGUGCCAGCCUGGGCUGCAGGUCCUGUCCUGCCUCAGCUUGGCCAUCCUGUAACCUGCGCACUGAGGUGGUGGCUCCACAGCCAAACUUGAGGGCUCUCAGGCCUGGGACUGUCCUUGUCCAAGGACCACUCUGGGGCCUGAACCCCGGAAGGAGCAGGCAGCUGAGAGCUGGCCCCAGCAGGGGACUUCAGAACCAGGUCAGGCAUCUUCCCAAAUGUACCCCUGUCUGGAACUCAUCAGAUUUUUGAAACUCCAAAUGUGUGCCUUGUGGUUUGGUCAGGAAAGGCCAAUCUUGGGUGAAUUUGGGGCCUGUGCCCCCUGGCUGGAUGCUGGUGUGCCCUCAGCCCUUGCCCCUCCACCCUAUUCCCAGGGCACUUGUCUCCACGUCCCAAGGGCUGGCGUCUGGGGUGGUGGAAAUGGCUGGGGCGGGGGCCCAUCCUCAUUUUCCGGCAUCUCUCCCUGAGGGUGUGCUAAGGUUGUGUUAGCUCUGGGUCCCUCUUGCAUGUCCAUGGCAAAGUCCAGAGUCCACCUGCUGCUCUGGGUGGCUGGACAGUGGCAGGCCCUGCCCUCCUCUCAGACUUCCCCAGGCCUCAUCAGGCUCCUCAGCUGGAGCUGAGGUGAUGGAGAGCCCAGAUCUGGGACCACUUCAGGCUGCCAGCAGCUCCCAGGGCCCAA